CCGCCAUCCCUGCAGCGGCUGAGGGGACCAACAGAGCAAGGCUGCUUCCCACCAGGGCCUGUCAGACUUGGGUCAUGGGGAGCGUGAAGCAGCGGAAGCAACUGGGGACGGCCUCUGGCUGAACAUGGCCCUCCCAACCCUGGGCCUGGACCCUGGCAGCAUCCUGGGCCUUCUCCUCAUCCAGCUACUCCUGCUGCUGCCACCGGAGGCGACAACAACAAUGACGAUGACAGGGACUGGUGGGCAGGAGCCCAUUCCCAGGGUCAAGUACCACAUAGGGGAUGCACGCAGAGCACUAAGCUUCUUCCACCAGGAGGGCCUCCAGGAUUUUGACAUCCUGCUUUUGAGUGGGGAUGGAGAUACUCUCUACGUGGGUGCCCGGGAAGCCAUCCUGGCCCUGGAUAUCCGGGAUCCAGGAGUCCUGAGGCUGAGGAACAUGAUACACUGGCCAGCGAGUAACCAGAAAAAGAGUGAAUGUGCCUUUAAGAUGAGGAGCAAUGAGACACAGUGUUUUAACUUCAUUCGAGUCCUGGUUUCUUUCAAUGCCACCCACCUCUACGCUUGUGGCACCUUCGCCUUCAGCCCUGCCUGCACCUUCAUUGAACUCCAAGAUUCCAACCUGCUGCCCAUCUCGGAGGACAAGGUGGUAGAGGGGAAAGGCCAAAGUCCCUUUGACCCUGCCCACAAGCACACGGCCGUUUUGGUAGAUGGCACGCUCUAUUCCGGCACCAUGAACAACUUCCUGGGCAACGAGCCCAUCCUGCUGCGAACACUGGGACCUCAGCCUGUUCUCAAGACAGACACCUUCCUCCGCUGGCUGCGCUAUGAUGCCUCCUUCGUGGCUGCAAUCCCGUCCACCCAGGUGGUCUACUUCUUUUUUGAGGAGACAGCCAUCGAGUUUGACUUCUUCGAGAAACUGCACACAUCGCGGGUGGCCCGGGUCUGCAAGGACGACGUGGGCGGCGAAAAGCUGCUGCAGAAGAAGUGGACCACCUUCCUCAAGGCCCAGCUGCUCUGCGCGCAGCCGGGGCAGCUGCCCUUCAACGUCAUCCGCCACGCGGUCCUGCUGCCCGCUGAUCCUCCUGCCGUCGCCCGAGUCUAUGCAGUCUUCACUUCCCAGUGGCAGGUCGGCGGCACCAGAAGUUCCGCAGUCUGUGCCUUCUCGCUCAGGGACUUUGAGCAAGUCUUCAAGGGAAAGUACAAGGAGCUGAACAAGGAAACUUCACGCUGGACUACGUACCGGGGCCCAACCAUCACCCCCCGGCCAGGCAGUUGCUCCAUGGGCCCCCCAUCUGAUAAAGCCUUGACCUUCAUGAAGGACCAUUUCCUGAUGGACGAGCAGGUGGUGGGGACGCCUGUGCUGGUAAAGUCUGGUGUGGAAUACACACAGCUGGCGGUGGAGACGGCCCAGGGCCUGGAGGGGCGUGAACAUCUGGUCAUGUACCUGGGCACUGCCUCGGGAGCCCUGCAUAAGGCAGUGGUGAGUGAAGACAAUGGUGCACAUCUGGUGGAAGAAAUCCAGCUGCUGCCUGGCCAGGAGCCUGUUCGCAACCUGCACCUGGACGCCUCCCAGGGUGCAGUGUUUGUGGGUUCCUCAGCAGGUGUCUGGAGGAUACCUCGUGCUAACUGCAGUGUCUAUGAGAGCUGUGUGGACUGUAUCCUGGCCCGGGAUCCACACUGUGCCUGGGACCCUCAGACUCAAGUCUGCCGCUUCCUGUCCGCCCCCAACCUGAGCUCCUGGAAGCAGGACAUGGAGCGAGGGAACCCAGGGUGGGCCUGCGCCAAUGGCACGAGGGGCAGGAGCUACCGGCCUCAGAGCCGCCCGCAAAUCAUCAAAGAAGUUCUGGCUGUCCCCAACUCCAUCCUGGAACUGCCCUGCCCGCACCUGUCAGCGCUGGCUUCUUACCACUGGAGUCACAGGCCAGCAACCAUCCAGGAGACCUCGACCACGGUCUACAACGGUUCCCUCUUGCUGAUGCCCCGGGAUGGCAUUGGGGGCCUCUACCAGUGUGUGGCCACUGAGAACGGCUUCUCCUAUCCUGUAGUCUCUUACUGGGUGGACAGCCAGGACCAGCCCCUGGCCCUGGACCCUGAACUGACCGGCAUUCCCCGGGAGCGUGUGAAGGUCCCGCUGACCAGGGUCAAUGGCGGAGCUGCGCUGGCUGACCAACGGUCCUACUGGCCCCAUUUCCUCGCUGUCACCGUCCUCCUGGCAUUGGUGCUUUCUGGAGCUCUCAUCGUCCUCCUUGCCUCCCCAUUGGGGGCUCUUCGGGCACGGGGCAAAGUACAAGGUUGUGAGACACUGCCCACCAGGAAGAAGGACCCACUGAGCAGCAGGGAGCAACACCUGCAGCCCCACAAGGAAGCAAGGACCUCUGCCCGUAAUGUGGACGCUGAUAACAACCACCUGGGCCCCGAGGUGGCGUAAAUGCUGAGCACAGGGCAGGCGCCUGGCCCUGUCCAUGGGGGGCGGGGCCGAGGGUGGGGUGGUCCUGGAGCACAUCAACCCCUUGGAAGGUGGGAGGUAGCAUGAAAGAGCACCUUCCUGUUAUGGGAGGGGCUUCCCUGCCAUCUGUGUCACCAGUAGCACCCAGCAGGGGCAGGGAGGGGAUGGAAGACUGUGCACCCAGCCUGCCUCCCCACUGGGACUCCUUUCUACCAAGCACACGGGGCUCUCAAGGGAGGGUUCCCCAGACCUGCACCUGCAUGAUGCCUGGAGGACUAGGUACUGGGGGAAAUCCUUCAGUCUCAGCCAUUCCAGGGACCCUCUACAGACAUCCUGCUCCAGGAGACCCCAAAAGACCCCAGGGUCGCAAAAUCCAGAGAAGACAAACAUCACCACCGUGAGUCCCCCCAUGCUGCUCUGUAAUUGGCACACCAAUCCGCCCUCCCUCAGGGGUCUCCAGGGCUUUGUGGGAAGCUGCCCCACCUGCCCCACAUUCACCAACCAUGCACUGCUGAUCCCAGGAAGUAUUUUCUGAAGUCUGACCACCUUCCUUCUUGCUUCACUUGGGGCCGGUUGUGAUUCUUUCCUCCCACCUCCCAACCCCUGGGGCUGCCAUGGCAGGGGGUAAUCUGAGCCUUGUUUAUGCUUUUACUGUGGUGACCCCUUAACCUCUUUCCUCUUCCCUUUGCAUUUGUUUUGAGAGUCAGAAAAACGCUCGUCACAGACAGUCUAUUUUUUAUUAAAAAGACAAAAGCUCACAAGGGAGUGCCAUGAGAACUGCUUGGGUG